GUAACCACCAUUCAAUAUUCGACCUUGUUCAAUGUAUCGGUCAGCAGAAGCUUUGAAUGGGGGAGUAGACACUUACGUGUGUUAUAUCCAGCCAAUCGAUGAUGGGCGCUUCAGAACGCAUGUUCGGCAGCUGCCUGUUCGCCCUGCGACUGAAGACAAUCCUUCUCGGAAGAAGCUUUUGGGAUUGCUGAGGCGAAGUCGUUCAAGCCCUCGUUUGGCAGAGGAGAGAGGCCGCGGAGCACCAUCCCCUCUUUCGACUUCGAGGAAUGGAUCUCGCGGGGGAUUGCGGAGGUUUCUUCCCAAGUCAUUUGACAAAUUCGCUCGAAGCGCUCGAAAGUCUCCCAACUCUGAAUCCAUGGCUGCAAGUUCCAGCGCACGAGAUCUCUCACACACUCAGACAGACCAGGAUCUUCCACCACUCGCCACCGUCACUCCCGAACCAAAUCCUGACCAGUCUUCCGAUGUGGGCGUUGCGAACAUAAAUUUGACUAUUACAUGCGAGCAACCUGACCCGAAGGUUGUCAAGGAAAAGCUCGCGAAUGCCAAAGCAGAUCUUGACGGAAUCAGACAUGUCCCAGGAAUGGCGGAAAAUGCUGCUUCAGCAUCUGACAACCUACAAUCUGUUUCCGAUACAAUCGACACAUUCGCCCCAAUGCUCGCACCAUUAAAAAUGUUCAACUCCAUUGCUACAGGGCUUGCAGAAGUCCAUCCCUAUGCGAAGGUGGCGUUGAGUAUCUUCACCUUCGCAUCCAAGGUCAAUAAGAUUGUGCGGGCGAUAGAUGAUUCUCGAUCAGGCGAACCGGGAUGA